AUGCAGUUGAGGGCUGUCGGGAAAACUCUCCUUGUCGAUGCGUUCAAGGACGCUCUGACCUCUGAGGUUUGAGACUUCUGAAACCUUUUAAAGACAAGAAAAGUUCCCGUUUGCUUAAAUUCAUCGGUCAGAUGUCAGAGUCCUUUCACUGAAAUCUGGACUCUUUGUACGAACAUUACAUCACUUUUGUCCCAAGUGAUUUACAGCGACAGCAAACAGCCUCCAUAGGAACAAGAUCUCUUCAGUGCGUAGCUGUUAUUUAUUGUGUUUAUGUCACGUGUGAAAAGAAGCAGACUGUAACUUCUGUAACAUUAACCAAAAACUAAGUUAUCCUGAAUCUACAGGCUCACCGAUGCCCAGCCUUUAUUCAAAUACUGCUUCCCUUCAUUUACUGUGAGCAAGUGAAACCUCCCAACACUAAAAACAACACGUGCUCUGCUGCAGAGCUUAUACGAGAAAACACUUCUCCUGUUUGAAAACGGUAAAAAUAAAAUUCAAAGUUUGUUUUGACUCAUAUAAAAAGCCCAAACGGUGCGCACGUACUAGCAUCUAAAAGGAAGAACAACGUUUGUUUACCUACAUAUGGAUUUUCUUUGACUCAUGAGAUAAUGGGUUCAUUUUCUUUUUUGAUAUACAACAUUACUCUAUGUGAUUUUAACAUCUUUACUAAACAUAACUAGCUGUAUAUGACACUUUUAUAAAUAUGGUACAUCUCAGAAAGUAUUGAAAAACAAAUAAAGUGCAACAAACAGAUUUUUUUCUUUUUAAACCACAAACACUUCAUAUAAAUUAAAUAUUACUGGCAAUACCUUUGAGUUGUAUUUCCAUAGCUGCGAGGUUGGAUAUCAUUUUCCGAUUGUUUGUGUAUCAGUUUAUUAACUGAUUAUAAUCAAACACAGAAAACGUCUAUAAUUACUCCAGACUCCAUACUUCUUUAUCUAAAUAUCACCUGGGGCUCGGGCCCCUCCACACGGACCCAAGAUAAAUCUGAGAAGUCACAGGAUUAUUAAAGCGAUUUAGUUUUUAUGACUUACACUGAAUAUAUAUAUAUAUAUCUAUAUAUAUAUACACUGAAUACUUUCACCUCUCCAGGCCUUAACAUCCUACAGAUGAAACAAUCUGUGAAAAACAACUUGGAACUGCUCCCAUGUGUCCACAGUAAGGCCACGACCUCUGAUGUGGCGCCACAAGCUGAAAACGUUGGGAGCCUGUUUCAUCUGACCACAGUACAGAACCUCCAUUGGAAAUCCGCCCGCUUUAAAGCUGCAGUAACUCGCGGUUUGGCGUACACGAUGACCUCAUCGCUCUGUAUCUGUGGUGGGAAACAGACUCAUCUUUACUGUGUUCUGUUUGCCUUGUCUGUUAUUCUAUCAACAAAACAACAUUAAUUAAGCAGUGUUGAUGGUUAAAAUGACGCUCACACGGACUUUAAUGGGAUAUUUUCCCACAGGGAGGCUGGUUGGUGAAACGGGGAGAAAACGUGUGUUUACUGUGUUCAGUUUGGUGGAAGCUGCUCGUGUCUGUGCAGGUCUGAGGCUGAUAAGACCCAGACUGGAGGAUUAUGGUAAUAACAGGCUGACUGCCACUGACUGCAGGGUCCCAUCGCAGCCGGAUGGGUGGGCGGGCUGCGGACGCUUAUCACCGCGUUGCAGUGGGCGAUUCUUCACACAGUCACAUGACGGGUGACACCUUGAUUCACACUGCAGCUGGACGCAGAACAGCUCAGCGGUUUUUAUCACCAAACGAGGACGAACAUGACGACCCGAUGGAAUCACUCCAGGAGACGCUGCCAAACGCUCCGCACAGCCCGCUGGAGCCUGCGCUGAGGAAUUAUCUGCUGUCAGGACCUGCCCGGGACGCCGCCGCGCCGACGGGGACCGGAGCCGGACGGGGGGGGGGCGGCCGAGCCAUGCUGCCCGCUUCCAUUCAGAUCCUGGCGUUCGCCCUGGCGCUCCUGGGCGUCCUCGGCACCACCGUGGCCACUCUGCUCCCCAACUGGAAGGUGAGCAACAACGCCUGGACCAGCAUCAUGACCCCCAUCUCGCAGAUGCAGGGUCUGUGGAUGGACUGCGUCUGGUACAGCUCCGGCGUCUUCAGCUGCACCAUUAAGAACUCGGUGCUGUCGCUGCCGGCGUAUCUGCAAGCCACGCGGGCCGCCAUGGUUCUGUCCUGCAUGGUGGCGUUGUUUGGACUCUGCCUCGCCUCCCUGGGGCUUAAAUGUACCCGCUGGGGGGGCAGCCACCGAGCAAAGGGGCACACGGCCAUCGCUGCAGGGGGCUGCUUCAUCCUGGCCAGCUUCCUCUGCCUGGUCCCCGCGUCCUGGUUCACCAACGAAGUCAUCACCGCCUUCCUGACCACAGACCUGCCGGACAGCAGUAAAUAUCAGCCGGGAGGAGCUCUGUGCGUGACGUUCAUCUCUGCCGGCUUCCUCCUGGCUGGAGGGGUCAUUUUUUGUUUGUCGUGUCCCGGAAAAAGAACGGGACGACCGGACCGCGCUUCCUCCGCUGACCCUGACGGGCUUCCAAUGUGCCGAGACGAGCGGCGGGGGCGGGAGCCGCAGACGGAGGACGUGCAGCCAAAACACAGGAAAAACAAGACGGUCCAGCUGCAGAUGGACAAAGUGAAACAGGAGAAACCUGAGCAAGGUCAGGAGCAGAAGGUCUACUCGUCUCCCUCCAAACUCCCUCCAAAAGACAUCAAGGACAGCUACAGCCUCCAGGAGUAUGUUUAAUCCUCGCAGCUGAGCGGCGAAACGUGGAGUUUUCAGCUGAGGCUCAUAGUAAGGGGGAGGUGGGCUGGGGGAGGAGCGUUUGAGGGGGAAUAAUACCAAAUGCUGGAAACGACAGAUUGUGGAUGCAGACGAACGUCUCAGAAAGGAGACGAACACCAGAGAGCUCUGCGAGGAAAAGCGGUGCUGAUAAAAAUCUGCACAGGCACCAAACACUGUAAAUCCUUUAAAAACCGCCUGCAAAUCUGCCGCAGCUUCCUCACGCCGAAGAGCUGAACCUGCUGAUCGCAAAAACAAAAUCUGAGCUCCGCCUGAAAGGGAAAAGCCAAAGUCAUUUUCUGCCUUCUGAGACGAACCAGUGCUCGAGCAGGGCCGGCCCAAAGCUUUCUGGGGCUGUGAGCAGGAUUUCACCUCCCCAGCCACAUGCAAUGUAAUCAAUACCUGUUGUAGAGGUUCAUUUUCUGAAGAAAUCACACGUAUAAAAAGCACAAAAACCACGGGAUAUAUUGUACCUUUAAGAUACACUUUCUGAUUUUGUUGCAGCGCUCUAGAAACCCAAACUUUGGAGGUUCGUGAUCGAACACUGGAACUCAAAUCUGUGAAAAAAACAUUAAAUAUUACAUUAAAUAUUACUAUUAAUUCCAUUCACGAAAAGCUGCAGCCAGUUUCACCAGCUGUUCGUAAAUAUCUACACCUGCUACCUGCCAGGUGGAAACGUUACGCAGCAAACUGAACUGACAAAACUAACUUCUGCUAAUGUCCGACCCGUUCAGACUGCAGAGUGAAAGAGGUCGUGUGAACUUUACAAAAAUAACAAAAUAUACCUCAAAUUACAAAAACAUUAUGCUAAUAAUGUCAGAUUAAAUGACUAUGUAGUGUCGGUUAGCUUAGCACGAUCAGAUACAUCCCACCCUGAUGCAGAAAAUAAAACAGCUUGAAACCAGCAGUUGCUAUAAAUUUAAGAUGAGCUUUGCACAUAAACGCAGUGAUGGAUUUACACACAGAAUUAGUUUUGUUUGAAAUUAAUGAAUAGAGUUUUAUAUAUCGAGUAAAAAAAUCUUAAAUCAGAAUAACAAAAAAGUGCUUAUUCAUUACCUCUGCUGAAAUAAUAAAUAUCAAAGAUAUGUGUACAUUAUGUAAAAAAAACAACCUUAAAACAAAAGAUUUGAAAAUCAAAAGCUGUGAAACAGAAUUUAAUUUAAAAAAUCUUCCGUAACUUUGUUUUAAUGCAAAUCACAGAGCGUGAGUUCACACAUUCAGCUUCUGUGUGUGCAUGAAAACAAAAGAAAAACUAUGGAAAAUACAGAAAGCAGAAGAAAGAUAUCAUAACUGAACACUUCCUGCUUUUGUUAUUCCUCUCUUCAAACCCAAACUUUGAGAGCCAACAUUUCAAAAAGACGUUUGAGUUUUAUUUUCAAGAGUAAAAGAAAUCACACAAAAGAGCAAAGCAUGUAUUAUUAUUCAACACCGCGAGCUAAAUAAUACGGAAUAACAGUCUCCAAUAAAUGUAGAAAACAAAAUAAUUAAAACAGAAGUGACUUUCUUUGCAGUGCUGUUAAACAGUACAACGACAUCUUUGAGUGUAUCUUAAAGGGAAACCUGGACCCUGUUUUCAAAACUCGCUGUCCCCAUUAGCCACGUCCCCAAACAUGAGAGGGCCCAGGUUGACAAACGGCGAAGUUUCGCUUUCAAAGUUCACACCUUCAGCUCGUUUCAAGGUCACCAGCUGGUUAAAGUCACUUGUCGUCUGCUUUGGGCCUGGACUCGGCCCGUCCCGAGCCUCGCUGCAUGUGCUUUAGAUGCUGCUUACAGCUGAAGUGUAGUGAAAGCUGCUGCCGUAGAGACUGCGCCCCGAAGCGACGCAAACUGUGUCGUCGAAGAUUAAAACGAGUCCGAAUCCAAAGCGUCAAAGCGACGGCGUCCGCGCCGCCUUUUCCCAACGGUUCUGGGGGAGGCGAGAGGUGCAGAGCAGCGUGGGGAGAGGUAAUGAUGCUCUUUGCUUUCCCAUUAUCCUCUCGCCACGGUUGGAUGCACACAGCACACACACCCCUCCACCACCCUCCUUCAGCUGUGCGGAAAGGACAUCCAGUCCUUCGCAGGCUGUAACUCAAAGCCUGAUGCAGACUGGACGCUCCACAGCACUGUGUGCAUUCGGUGGGCGGCUGUCCUCUAACCCGAGGCGAGCUGUCAAUCAAACCUGACAACACUCCUCGGGAAAGAAAAAGGAAAGAAACCGCCGAGCCGAACGCCCACGCUGCCUCUCAGGAAAAGCUUCAAACCUGCACAAAAAAAAACCAUUAAGAAGAGAAAAUAGAGUCGAUUCGUCAGCGCCGCGGAGACGUUUCGCCGUCAGAGCUGACAGUGAUGCAUCACCGUAGAAAACAGCACACCUUUUAAAAUAUCAGAGCACAGCACAAGGACAAAAAAGGCAUCGACAGAAUCGUUUAUGUAUUCUGUAACGCAGCUUUUGGACUCAGGCCUCGCCGCUACGUAAUUUGAAAAACAUAUUUUUUUAGUAGCUGGAUAACUGGACAAGUCUGAACACAGAGGUCGCACCGUCGUCUCGACCCAAAGCCGGGACACUCGAGGGUUUUUUAAAAAAACGAACAGCUUAAUUUGACUAAGAUUUUAUUUGCUACAGGACUGAAUCUGUGACAGUAACUAUAAAAAACAUCUGGCCGUACGUUUUGAUUCGAAUGUGUUUCCUCUCCACCUCCACAUGAUGUGCGGCUGUGCACUUCUGAACUAAAUUACACAUAAAUAUGGGACAGCAUUUGGUUAAAAAUGGCUCUGAACCUUUACGUUGAUAUUUAAAAAAUCUGGGAAUCUUCAUUCAGCUUAAAAACACAAAAAUCACUGUGUGUGUUUUGGCUGUUAUCAGUGACGUUUUCCUGUGCAGUUUGUCUUCAGCUCCUGUAAAAGAUGUGAAAAAUAACUAACAAGGGCUACAAAAGUGAACAAUAUGGCGUACUGAGUAAAGUCAUUCAGUAAAAACAAAUAUAUGGAGUUAACUUUGGGAGUAUGAGUGAUAUUUUUAAUGUCAGCUAACCAGCUGGUGAACGACCGAAUGCUAGCUAACAAGCUAGCUUGCUAGCGUUAGCAAUAAAUACGGGUAACUUGAAGUUACAAAGACAAAAGACGAUACAGUCCUGCUGAAACUUUGGUUUUAGGUACAAAUGACAUUUAAGCUCUGUGUCAUAUUCAGUUGUGAUACUUGUUUUGGGUUUCUUCCUUUAAGUUUAUUUCCUUGGACAAAAUUAACUUCACACAAACAUCUUUACCUCGCUGAUAAAUAAUAAAACAGUGAGAGAGCUUAAAGGGGUGAGGAUCGCAUCUUCAGUCGCUGAUUUAUCGUCUUAGAGCAAAACUCUUUUUCAACAUUCAUUUUCAAAAUCCGAAUGCAGUUGAUCCGGAUCAGCUGAGUCCGGAUUCAUGUUUCAGAUGGAGAAUGAUCACUGUGUUUUUAUCUGUCAACAAAUAAAAACGCGUCUGAACUGAAA